AUGGCGGCGUACAGUCGCUCUCCGCUGCUGCUGCUGUUGUCGUCAGUGUGUCUCUGCAGCUUCGGCUCCGUUUUGGGCUUGAAGGCAGCCAGCGGCCCCGUAGAGCCCCCCAACCCGCCCGUCAUCAGAGCCGUGGACCCCCCGGCAAAGGAUGCACCUGCCCCGGCCGCCGGUGCUGGGGCCUCACAGCCUCGAAGGGCGACUGGCUGGAAGCUGUCGGAGGAGGAGGCCUGCAGGGAGGACCUGACCCGACUCUGCCCCAAACACACCUGGACCAACAACCUGGCCGUGCUGGAGUGUCUGCAAGACCGCAGAGAGCAAAGUGAGAUUGCUCCUGACUGCAAUCAUCUCCUGUGGAACUAUAAACUCAACCUGACCACAGAUCCCAAGUUUGAGUCGGUGGCCAUGGAGGUCUGCAAGAGCACCAUCGCUGAGAUAAAGGAGUGUAACGAGGAGGAGCGUGGGCGGGGCUACCUGGUGUCCUGCCUGGUGGAUCACCGUGGCAACGUCAGCGAGUACCAGUGCAACCAGUACAUCACCAAGAUGACCAGUAUCAUCUUCAGCGACUUCCGACUGAUCUGCGGCUUCAUGGACAAAUGUAAAGACGACAUCAACGUCCUGCAGUGUGGCAGCAUCAAUGUGGGACACAAGGACGUUCACUCUCAGGGCGAAGUGAUCUCCUGUCUGGAGAAGGAGUUGGUGAAGCAGGCGGAGCAGCGGGAUCGGGCUCAUCAGAUCAAAGAGGAGUGUCAGAGGGCGAUCCUGAGGGUGGCGGAGCUGUCGUCAGAUGACUUCCACCUCGACCGACAUCUUUAUUUCUCCUGCCGAGACGACAGGGAGAGAUUCUGUCAGAACACUCAGGCAGGAGAAGGAAAAGUCUACAAGUGUCUGUUCAAUCACAAGUUUGAAGAGGCGAUGUCAGAAAAGUGCCGAGACGCUCUGACCACCCGCCAGAAGCUGAUCUCUCAGGACUACCGGGUCAGUUACUCUCUGGCUAAAGCCUGUAAAGUGGACCUGAGGAAGCAGCGCUGCAGUCUGGACACCAACCUGCCGAGAGCCCGCGAGGCCCGACUGUCGUACCUGCUGCUGUGUCUGGAGGCCGCCGUGCACCGAGGUCGUCCGGUGAGCGGAGAGUGUCAGGGAGAGAUGCUGGACUACCGGCGGAUGCUGAUGGAGGAUUUCUCUCUGAGUCCGGAGAUCGUGCUUCACUGUCGGACUGAGAUCGAGGCUCACUGCUCCGGCCUGCACCGCAAAGGCCGCACGCUGCACUGCCUGAUGAAGAUCGGACGCGGCGACCGCAGCACCACCGUCGACAACGCCUGCCAGACCGCUCUGCAGACUCUGAUCCAGUCGGCCGACCCCGGCGCAGACUACCGCAUCGACCGAGCGCUCAACGAGGCCUGCGAGUCCGUCAUCCAGACCGCCUGCAAACACAUCCGCAACGGAGACCCAAUGAUCCUGUCGUGCCUGAUGGAGCAUCUGUACACAGAGAAGAUGGUGGAGGACUGUGAACAUCGGCUGUUGGAGCUGCAGUAUUUCAUAUCCAGAGACUGGAAACUGGAUCCCAUGCUGUAUAAGAAGUGUCAGGGCGACGCUGCCCGACUCUGCCGCACGCACAGCUGGAACGAGACCAGCGAGCUGAUGCCUCCGGGCGCCGUCUUCUCCUGCCUCUACCGCCACGCGUACCGCACCGAGGAGCAGGGCCGCAGGUUAUCACGGGACUGUAAGGUGGAGGUGCAGAGGAUUCUCCACCAGAGGGCGCUAGACGUGAAGCUGGACCCUGAGCUGCAGAAGCGAUGCAUCACGGACCUCGGCAAGUGGUGCAGCGAGAAGACGGAGGCUGGACAGGAGUUGGAGUGUCUGCAGGAUCAUUUGGAGGAUUUGGUCUCUACCUGCAGGGAAGUCGUGGGCAACCUGACAGAGCUGGAGUCAGAGGACAUCCAGAUCGACGCGCUGCUGAUCAGAGCCUGUGAGCCCGUCAUCCAGACUCACUGCCAUGAUUUCGCUGAUAACCAGAUCGACACCGGUGACCUGAUGGAGUGUUUGGUUCAGAAUAAACAUCAGAAGGAAAUGAACGACAAGUGUUCAGUCGGCGUUACGCACUUCCAGCUGAUUCAGAUGAAGGAUUUCCGCUUCUCCUAUAAGUUCAAGAUGGCCUGUAAGGAGGACGUUCUGCGCCUGUGUCCAAACAUCAAAAAGAAGGUGGACGUGGUCAUCUGUCUCAGCACCACAGUGAGGAACGACACGCUGCAGGAGGGUAGAGAGCAGCGGGUUUCUCUCAAGUGUCGUAAACAGCUGCGGGUGGAGGAGCUGGAGAUGUCGGAGGAUAUUCGGUUGGAACCAGAGCUGUACGAUCCCUGUAAGUCUGACAUCAGUCGCCUGUGUCCCAACGUGGCCUUCGGUAACGCUCAGAUGAUCGAGUGUCUGAAGGAGCAGAAGAAGCAGCUCAGUCAGCGCUGCCACCAGCGGAUCUUCCGGCUGCAGGAGGUGGAGAUGACCGACCCCGAGCUCGACUACCAGCUGAUGAGAGUCUGCAAGCAGAUGAUCAAGCGGUUCUGCACCGAAGCCGACGCCAGAAAUGUUCUUCAGUGUCUGAAACAGAACAAGAACAGCGAGCUGAUGGAUCCAAAGUGUAAACAGAUGAUCACCAAGAGGCAGAUCACCCAGAACACAGACUACAGGUUGAACCCGGUGUUGAGGAAAGCUUGUCGAGCCGACAUCCCGAAGUUCUGCCAGUCCAUCCUGAACAAGGCGGGCGAGGACAGCGAGCUGGAGGGUCAGGUCAUCGCCUGCCUCAAACUCAAAUACGCAGACCAGAGGUUGUCUUCAGACUGUGAAGACCAGAUCAGAGUAAUCCUGCAGGAGUCAGCGCUGGACUACAGGCUGGACCCACAGCUGCAGAUGCACUGCUCCGACGAGAUCUCCAGGUUGUGUGCAGAGGAGGCAGCAGCUCAGGAGCAAACUGGUCAGGUGGAAGAAUGUCUGAAAGUCAACCUGCUGAAGAUCAGACAGGAGGGCUGUAAAAAGGAAGUCCUGAACAUGCUGAAGGAGAGUAAGGCGGACAUCUUUGUGGACCCGGUCCUCCACACAGCCUGCGCUCUGGACCUCAAACACCACUGUGCUGCCAUCACUCCCGGCAGAGGAAGACAGAUGUCGUGUCUGAUGGAGGCGUUGCAGGACAAAAGAGUCCGUCUGCAGCCAGAGUGUAAGAAAAGACUUCAAGACCGCAUCGACAUGUGGAGCUACGCUGCCAAGGUGGCACCAGCGGAGGGCUUCUCAGACCUGGCCGUACAGGUGAUGUUGUCGCCCUCAAAGAACUACAUCUUGCUCAUGAUCGCUCUGAGCGUGUGCAUCCUCUUCCUGGUGGGGCUGCUGUGUGGUCGCAUCACCAAGCGGGUGACCAGAGAGCUGAAGGACCGGUAGAGGACGAGCGCUUCGACGCCUUCGGAAAAAGACUGACUCCUCGCACCUCCCUGUAUCUCUCCUCUUCCUCCUCCUCCUCCUCCUCCUCCUCUCUCAGAUGCCUGGUCUGUAACCAGCCAACCUGCACAGUGCCAACGCCAGAGCUCACAUCUAGACCUCCUCGGUCCCCGAAUCUCACGAAGAAAAACCUUUAAAAUCUCCAUUUGGGCAUCUCCAAACCUCGAUUGAUCGUCUCUCUGAUCGGAGCAUUUGUACUUUUUUUUUUUUUCUUCCUCCGAGCAAAUUCUGCUUUUCUCCAAUGACGUUUGUUUGGAGUUGGAUGCGAGAUCGUCAGGCAUCUUUUCCGUUUUCUUAAAUAAGCGCUGUUCAUGGUGUGACUGAGGGAUGCUGCUUCUCUCUCGCUGAGGUUAGGAUUUCUUUCCCCCCCUUUCCCUGCGUUAGAUCCUGAAGCUUUUUGGGGGUUUUUUUUGUCAUAUUUAAUGGAGACUGGAGCAUGUAGAGCAACAAGAAAUCGUUUCAUUAUAAGUGACUGCGGCUGCCUGAAUCGCACAAGAAGCUACUUGGAAAAUUGAGGCAAACUUUUAAAGGUUGAAUUCUGAGAUCAACUUGUUGCUUGUUGAAAUGUUUUUUGUUCUUUUUUUCCUCACCCUUCAUGAAAAUCCCGUCCUCUUCACAUCCAGCUCGCCAGGUACGACUCUUAACAUCUUUUUUAGACCAGUUAUGACCCACAUCAUGAAGGUUAAGCUGGUCUCUAUUAUCAGAAACAUUGUGUGCACAUUCAAUUUUAUUCUUUUAUAACUUCAUUUAAAUGCUAAUAAUUAAAUCUUUGCACUUUUUUUUAUUUUUAUGCCUUAUUUAUUGUUGAUUAAUGACUGAUUCUUGAUUUCGGAUGAGUUUUAUGUGUGUUGCUGUGCAGCUUAAACACAGCUGCUGAGGUGAAAGUCAGCAGCUGUGAGAGGUCAGAUUACACAAGUGGAAGCCAAAAUGUUUUAUUCAUCUCAAUUGUUGGAUUGUAAAGACGAUAAAAGUCACUAUUUGUGUUGCCUUUUUAAUGAACAGACUCAACUCGCCACAUAAACAGAGCAGCACAGACAUGAGCAGCCAUCUUUGAUUUAUGGAGGGAGGAAGUUAGAGCUGCAACUAAUCUUUUAUUUCCAUUAUCAAUUAAUCUGUUGAUUAACGGUUCGGAAAAUUGUGAUGUCUUAUUUAAUCCAACCAACACUUUAAAUCUUGAAUACAUUCAAUUCACUGUAAUGUAAGAUAAAGAAAAAGCACGUAAGAAUGUUUAGCACAAGAUUCAACGAUUAUCAAAAAUAGUUGCUGAUUUAUUUUUUCGUUGAUCAAGUUAACUUAUUAAUUAGUUGACUAAUCUGUGCAGCUCCAGAGGAAAUGAUGGAUCAUGUGGAUCAUAUCGACUUUUUAAAGAUGAGACUUGUGUGUAAAAAAAAAAAAGAA